CGUGGACUGAGCUGCAGAGCUGAGACUGAACAUCCUGAUAAGAACUCAUAUGAAGAUGGAGGAAAUCUAUGAAAAUAUUGAGGAGGACAAACCCACCAGCUCAACAUCUUCAGAAAAUCUCAUAGCUCCUCAGGUCUCAAACAGGGGCUUACGUGGAGCUGUUGUCUUUCUGGGGUUCUUCUGUGUGUUUCCUGAUGUUUGGACUCAUCGGCCUCGGGGUCUACACUCCAGACCUGUCGUCUAUCGAUGCCGAUCUCAGUGACCUUCUACCGACCCUGAACAAACAAAUACGGAACCUGAAAAACGACACAGACCGACUCAACGCCAAACUCACCAACAUGACUCAGGAGCUGGAGAGGCUGAGGGCGGUGAGCAGGUGUCCUGAAGGAUGGAAACUGUUCAAUGGCAGCUGUUAUUUCUUUUCAACUGCGGUAGGAUCCUGGGAAACGGCCAGAGACAACUGUAGAAACAAAAGUGCAGAUCUACUGAUCAUGAACACGAAAGAAGAACAGGACUUCAUCUCAGGUUCAACAUGAGGUACUGGAUCGGUCUGAGUGAUCGUGAACAGGAAGGAACCUGGACAUGGUCGAUGGAUCUCCAGUCACUCUGUCGUUCUGGUUACAGGUGAGCCUAACAAUGAGCAGGGCAGUGGAGCGGACUGUGGAGAAACCUGGCUUUACAGCCGGUGGAAUGACCUGCCCUGUAACUUCGACCGUCUUUGGAUCUGUGAGAAAUAACUGUGGUCAUGUGUUUGAAGAAAAUACUUUGCAAGUGCUGUUAAAACAAAAAUACUCUUGUUUUUGUGUCUCAUAUCAGAGCUUUUUUUCUCUUCUCAGUUUUCUUCAGGGUGUCCAACAGGUUCUGAUGUUCGAAUAUUAAGAUUUCACAACAUUAACCCAUAAAGACCCAAACAUCCACCACCAACCAAAAGCAUCUACUGAUGUAUAUUUUGCUGAAAAAGUCCAUUUUUCUCAAGAUUUACAUGUAGUUGAGUUUGAAGUAAAAUCGUAUUCUGAAUAAAUCUCAUGUAGAAAAGUGGUUUAGUGGCUUUUAAAGAGUCUAUCAAUGUCAAAUCAUUCCUUCCUUCCAUAUAAACUGUUGUUUUCAUCACCAAUGAAUAAAUAUACCAAAUAAAUAUUAAUAUAACAAAUGAAAAAGAAUCUGAUAAUCAACACAAUAAACUUAAUAGUUAUCGAUAUAAUGACCCAUCAUUUACACAUGUUCAUUACAACUUACAGAUCACAGUGGAUUUACAAAGGCACAAAACAUAUAGUAACAGGCAGAAUAUAGUUAAACUGCACUUA